AUGGAUAAACUAGUUUUCUCCUAUUGUCCUUCGAGCAAAGUGAAUGCUAAAUUUCUAAUUAAGCUAUGCUUUUUCGAAUGGAAGGAUGCCUUAGACACGCAUAUGUGUACCUUUCAGCUGUUUUCAAAUAGUGAACCACUUUCCUUAGUUCAACGGUUUUUUGUUUCCAAAACUCCAAAUAAAAGUGUGCUUCCAACCGAGCUGCCAAGGUUUGCUAGAAAUGAUUGGGUUAAUUUUGAAAUUAGUGUAGCAGAGCUUCCUGCGAAUUCAUACUUUUUAAUAUCUAUGUGGAAACCUUCUUUGCAUGAUGAAAUUAAAUAUGAGUUUGUAGGGACCACCCGAUACGCUUUAUUCGAUGAAAAUAAGCUCUUAAGGCAGGGGCUUCAAAAAAUACCAAUAUAUACUCUGAACGACAAGAGUACGAAAGAUAAUGCGCUAACUUCUACAGAAAGCGGAAAGGUUCAUGAAAUUGAACGUUUGGAUCAAUUAUUAUUUAAACUUCAGCUAGGUGAUAUACCCUCAACUGCAUGGUUAGACGAGCUUUCCUUGACAACAUUAAAGGCUUAUCGGUCUUCUUAUAUUCCUCUUGUUCGCACCCCAUACCUAUACGUAGAGUUCUUACAGUUUUCAUUUCCUGUUUUGUAUCAAAACCUUAACUAUGAAAACAUGUAUACAUCUGUCUUUUCCUCUUCAUUUGAUUUGGAAUCGAAUUUUGACAGUCCCGCUGAACUGAAACAUCGCAGACUCGUUCGUUCACAGCGUAAUGGUCCAUUGGAUAGGGACUUAAAACCAAAUUCCAAAAUCCGUAAAGAAUUGGAGAAUAUCAUGUCUUAUCCUCCCAGUGAUGACCUAUCGUUGGAAGAAAAGGAUCUUAUAUGGAAAUUCCGAUACUACUUAACUAGGAACAAAAAGGCUAUGACAAAGUUUCUAAAGAGCGUUAUGUGGUCUGAUAAUACAGAAGUUAAUCAAGCUCUUAGUCUUCUGGAUAGUUGGACUCAAAUUGACAUUGACGAUGCUUUGGAAUUACUGAGUCCCUCAUUCAAAAAUCCAACUGUGCGUGCAUACGCUGUUUCCAGGUUGGAGACAGCUUCUAAUGAGGAGCUUUCCCUUUAUCUGCUUCAACUUGUGCAAGCUUUGCGAUACGAUAUUUCAGCCGGUGCUAAGGAGAAUCCCAAGCCAAGUCCUUUAGCUAGUUUUUUAGUCAGUCGUGCUGUUUCUUCGCCUAGUAUCGGGAACGACUUGUACUGGUAUCUCGUAGUCGAAAUUCAAGACGAGCCCUCUAACAAGCUGUUUUCUUCGGUGAUGUUUCUUCUUCAACAAGAACUUUCCAAAUCAAGUGAAGGAAGGGCAAUACGUGAGACUCUUGCAACACAGGCCAAAUUUAUUGAAAAGUUACUUCGGUUGAGUAAAUCAGUCCAAGCAUACCGAGGAACAAGAAUAAAAAAGAUCGAAUACUUGAAAUCUGUUCUAGUUGAUCCCAAACAUCACUUUAUCAAUUUCACGCCACUUCCACUACCUUUGGAUCCCACUGUUAAUAUUAUUGGGAUUAUUCCUGAAGCUUGCACCGUCUUUAAAUCAACCAUGCAACCUCUCCGCUUAAUUUUUAGAUGCGAAAAUGACACUUCAUACCCGAUUAUAUUUAAGAAUGGAGACGAUUUGCGACAGGAUCAGCUGGUAAUUCAGAUAUUGACAUUAAUGGAUCAAUUGUUAAAAAAAGAAAAGUUAGACCUCCAUCUGAAGCCAUAUAGGAUUUUGGCUACGGGACCAACUCAUGGAGCUGUGCAGUUUGUGCCAUCAAAAACUUUGGCUAGUAUACUUGCUGAAUACAGAGGUAGUGUCUUAGCCUAUUUACGGGAACACAAUCCAGAUAAUGAUAAUAACACUAAUACGUACGGUAUUCAUCCAAAGGCAAUGGAUAACUAUAUACGAAGUUGUGCAGGAUAUUGUGUAAUUACUUAUUUGUUGGGAGUUGGUGAUCGUCAUUUGGAUAACUUGUUAAUUACCGAAGAUGGUCAUUUCUUCCACGCAGACUUUGGAUAUAUUUUGGGAAGAGACCCGAAACUUUUUUCGCCAGCUAUGAAGCUCUCAAAAGAAAUGGUCGAAGGUAUGGGAGGCUACAAUUCUCCUUUUUAUCAACAAUUCAAGUCGUAUUGUUACACUACAUUUACUGCGCUUCGAAAAUCUUCCAACCUCAUACUGAAUCUUUUCUCGCUGAUGGUAGAUGCCAAUAUACCAGAUAUCAAGUUCGAUAAGGACAAAGUAGUUUAUAAAGUGAAGGAACGUUUUUGUUUACAAAUGUCCGAGUCAGACGCAAUCAUGUAUUUUGAACAGUUAAUCACAGAUUCCGUCAGUGCUUUAUUUCCACAAAUUAUUGACCGUAUGCAUAACCUUGCUCAAUACAUGCGCUCUUAA